CAACUCUUUCAAUUUCAUUAUUGAAGCUAAAUCAAAAUCAUUAACCCACGUAAAUCCAGCACAAAAAAUCUCUCUCUCACACACACACACAUACAAUCCAAUGGCUCCAUCCAGAAUGACAGUUCUUUUGGGCCUAGGGGCACUCAUGGUUUGCUUAUUGUUGAUGAAAGUUACCGAGGCUAAUGACUCUGAGCCUAACUAUGCCCCUAUUCAUGCAGUAAGACAUGAUGGUAAACAUUGUGAUGGUGGCCAGGCUAAUAAUGGUGACCAAUGCAGAGAAGAUGAUAAUAAGAACGUGGAUGUGGAUGAUGAUGUUGAUGAUACUUACAAGGUUGUGAACAAGAUGUCAGUCUCUUUCACAACCUCAGCUGGCCAAUCAAUGGACCCAUUAGAUCCAAGCUUUGAUGAUUUAGAAAAUCAUGUCACUGUAUUGGGUCACUGAUUCUGGUCAUAGAUCCUCAUCAAAUUUCUGGAGGAGCCCUACAUGUUGCUGUUCAUGCUUCUUCUAAUGGGUUCUUUUUCGUAUUUGUUUCCUAUUAAUUCUAUGUUUUAAAUUAUGCAACCCCGCCUUUUCUUUCAUUCUUUGAGCUUUUAUAAGCCGUGGUCGAUUGUGAAUUGGGUUUAUUACUUUAUUAUACAGAUAUUAUGUUUACUC